AUGCCCCCCUCCCGACAGGGGGGGGACGCGGCUUUGCCAAGGGGCCAGCCGGACGACCCGGGAAACUCUAGCCCGGCCCUCGACUUACCGGAGGACGCGGGGCCUCCGGAGAAGGCUCCUUCUCCCUCCGCUGGUAGCCCCACAUCCUCUGUAAACGGGGCAGGGGCGCAAGAACACGCCGCAUCUGCUGCUCACGGGACAGGGGCUCCAGUACACGCCGCAUCUUCUGCUCACGGGACAGGGGUUCCAGUGCACGCCGCAUCUUCUCCUCUCGCGGACUCUCAGCUGCCGACCUCCUCAGCGGCUAUGGAGUCAGGCUUGGCGGGGGAUGCUUCCUUCACCAUGGCAGACCAGCCGCUGCGUAGCGGCAAGACGGAUGCAGUAACGCGGCGGCUGGACGGACCCACCGGGCGCGCUUCGGGGGAGGAUUCCGAGUCCUCCUCGUUGUAA